AUGGAUCGAACCCCUCUCGGUGAACUGCCUUUCAAGAAAAAGAACGGAGAAUUGCUUCGCAAGCGCGUGCGAAUUUUCAGACCGAUCCCUUCUUACGAAUACGAAGACACAGAGAACGAUAAUGCUGUUCUUCGAGCCGCGCAAGAGAACCUCAUAAUCGUCAAAGAGAUGAUGGCCGAGCGAGUGCGACUAGAUGUUGACAACCUCAUAGCAACACUUGCCGAAGGCCCGCAAAUCAGCAUGCCUCCUGUCGAUUACGACGGCUCCAGCUCCGAGCCAGAACCUGAUGACAGCAUCCUCCAAGGCCGUGCCCGCCCAAUGCCUGCACUAGCACAAGCAGCUGCCAUAGCCGCUCAAGUUGAUGAUUCUUUUAACGGUAACCUUACUGCCGAGGAGGAAGAUGCGGGAGUCGAUCAGCAGACCGUUUCCGCAGAGGAAUAUGAAGACGAUAAUUCGGAAACCGAAGAGGAAGACGAGGACGACGAGGAUGGUGACGAAGACCAAGCCCAAGAAAUCGCUCCCCUUUUUGAUCCUGCUACUGCUGGUCUUAAGGAAAUCUCCAACCUCGCUCGCUUUACCGUCAGCAGCCACAAGCCUGGUAACGGGGUUGAAGAGCUCAAGAGUGACGACCUCAAGCAAUUCUGGCAAUCCGACGGCCCUCAGCCCCACAAGCUUACCAUGUACUUUACCAAACGUGUUGGCAUCCGCGACAUUAGAUUCUAUGUCGACUACAAUGAGGAUGAAUCUUACACACCGACAAAGGUCGUUUUCAAGGCCGGUACCAGCGAGAACAACCUCAUCGAAUUUGCUACCAUGACCAUGGAGAACCCCGUAGGCUGGCAGCAAGUCCCUAUCGCUGGCGCUGGCGGUGAUCUUGACGGCAACACUCUCGUCGCCUGGGUUGUGCAGAUGCAGAUCUUCGAGAAUCACCAAAACGGCAAAGACACACACCUCCGUGGAAUCAAGAUUUACUCUUUCGACAAUGACUCCGCCCUCGGCCCUGGUCGUGAGGGAAACCCUGUUGACGACGUCGUUGGACUAAUGGACAAUGCCACUGGCCGAGCCGAUGUUGGUGCCACUCGUACCCAACAGAGAAACUUUGGUGCUUCCCAUUUUGAACCUGGCGAGGGAGGUCUCUCUAUCCCCAGCUUCAUGCGCGAGGCCGAGAUUCGAUAA